CAGAACUCUUGACAGUCGUAUCUGCUCCCCAAUGAGAUGACUGUGAAGAUGUCAUCCCUCAUCACCAUGCUCCUCCUAGCCAGCAUGUUGGCCACUGCAGAUGCCCUGCAGUGUUAUGGCUGUGCUAAUGAACAGUGUUCCACAAUGACCUGUCCUCCUGGCACUGAUAGCUGUCUUAAAGCAGUUCAGAGCAGUACAGGUAAUGUGAUGAAGUCUUGUGGCCUGAAAGCUGCUUGUAACGUUGAAGGAGCUGGUAUAAAAACCUACUGCUGUGAGGGGGAUCUGUGUAACGGCGCUGGGACGGUUGGGAAGAACCUGCUGCUCCUGCUGGUGCCCCUGGCCUCCAUCUUCGUGCUGUCCUGAGCUGAGAUCCAUCCUCCAGGCUCUACUCUGUGCACCAGGCUCAGACUGUUGUCUUUUCCAUGUCUUUGAAUAAAAUAUGGAUCUUUGGCAAUAUUGUGAUGAUAUACUGUAUAUGU